UCACUGGAGUUGCUGAGGGUGUGAACGUUACAGGAUUUCCUGAAGGAGUGACUGGAUUUCCUGAAGGAGUGACAGAACUUCCCGAAGGAGUUACUGGAUUUCCUGAAGGAGUUACUGGAUCUUCUGAAGGUGUCACUGGAUUUCCUGAAGGAGUGACUGGAUUUCCUGAAGGAGUUACUGGAUUUCCUGAAGGAGUGACUGGAUUUCCUGAAGGAGUUACUGGAUCUUCUGAAGGAGUGACUGGAUUUCCUGAAGGAGUUACUGGAUUUCCUGAAGGAGUUACUGGAUCUUCUGAAGGUGUCACUGGAUUUCUUGAAGGAGUGACUGGAUUUCCUGAAGGAGUUACUGGAUUUCCUGAAGGUGUUACUGAAUCUUCUGAAGGAGUGACUGGAUUUCCUGAAGAAGUCACUGGAUUUCCUGAGGGAAUUACUGGAUUGCGUGUAGUAGGUCCUGGAAUUAAAACUCCAAAAAGUUAA